CCGGGCUCGGGAGCGCGCGCAGCAGCGGCGGCGGGGCUGCGUGCGAAAGCGCCUUUUGCUAAGCAAGAAGCAGGAUCGAGGGGAGCCGCCGCCGCCGCCUCGCCAACGACGGCUUGCUGGGGAAGAAAGAGGCGAGACUCCGAAUUGCUGACGUUGGAUUUGGCCGGCCUUCGAGAGAAAGCAGCCCGGGAAGCACAGAGGGGGAAAAAAAUCUCGGGAAGGAGGACCCCCCCCCCCAGCCCGUGCCAAGAAUGAUGGUGCUGGAAGGAGGAGGGAGUUUUGCACUUGGGAAGUAAUACCGGAGCAGAAGAAGGGGGCGCAAAAAACCAAAGGGGGGGGGGGUCUGGCUAGGGCGGGGCCAGCGAGGCCCGGAAGCUUCUUGAUUGCUGGAGAUCGGUUGUCAGUCUGCUCGGAUCCCCCCCUCCACCCCACCCCCAGCUCUCUUUCCAGGCCGGGAGCGGAGCGGCAGACGGGCUGGGUGGCUGGCUGUUGCGCGCCGCGCUCCCCCCGGCGGGCUGUGGGCAGGGGCGUCCGGGAAGCGAGCGAGCGAGCCGAGAGAGAGACCCCUUUUCCCGGACGGUGCAGCCAACGAAGGGAGGCUCCGGAGAGAGGGGGGGCCCAGAAGGAUCGCGGGUGGGGGGAGAGCCAGCCGCCGCCGCCGCCAUCAUCAUCCGGAGGCCCCGUGGCUUUUCAAUGGAGGAGCAGCCCGGCCAUCAGCCACCACAGCAGCAGCAACAGCAGCAGCAACAGCAGCAGCAGCCGCCUCACCACCAUCACCACCACCACCAUUACUACUACUACAACCACAACCACCACCAACACCACCAGCAGCACCUGGCCGAGGGCAGCGCGCCCGCCAAGGCCUCGCCGAAGGCGCCUUUGCAAGCCCUCAAGCAUGAGCCCAAGCACGGCGCCGGAGGAGGAGGAGGAGGCCAGCAGCCCGACGCGCCCAGGAAGAAAGCAGGCUACGGUGAGCUGAAUGGCAGCAUCGGAGAACGGGAGUCCCCCCCCAAGAGCUUGAACGGGGGCGAUGCUACGGCCAGCCCCAUUUCCCGGGUCCCCAACGGCAGCCAGACCCCCGGGGACUCUGCCCUGGCGCUCAAGCAGACCGCGAAGGGGAGCGGUGCCUUUGGGAAGCCGGGGCUCAAGCCCAAGGGCUUUGUCCCCAAGGGGGCCGCGGACAAGAAGCCGGAGAAAUGCUUUGAGGGCCGGUCCCCUGACAAGCCCGAGGCCCUCUGCAUCCCCAACGGCAUGGUCUCCUCGGGCUACAUCGCCAACGGCUACGUCGCCAGGGGGGCCGACAACGAUGGCAGCGGCUCCGAGAGCAGCUACACCACCCCCAAGAAGCGGAAGGGGCGCCGCAACAGCGCCAAGGGGUGCGAGGCGCUCGGCCUGACGCAGGCCACGCCGCAGGAACCCUCGACCGCCGCCACGACCUCAAAGCAGGAGCCUGAGGGCGGGGAGGCGAAGGCGGGGGGCCGGGUGGACGCUCCCAAGCCAGCUUGGAAGUGUGAGGCCGGGGGCUUGGGGGCCGGGCGUGGGAAGCCGGGCGACAUGCCGCCGCGGAAGAACUCUGAUGGGAAGGCCGGCGCCGCGGGCAAGAAGUUUGAGGAGCGGCCGAAGGGCAAGCACGUGCCGGCAGCUUCCUCCAAGGAGGACUCCUGGACGCUCUUCAAGCCUCCCCCCGUCUUCCCGGUGGAUAACAGCAGCGCCAAGAUCGUCCCCAAGAUCAGCUACGCCAGCAAGGUCAAGGAGAACCUCAACAAGGCCGCUGCGCAGAGCGCCUCCUCCCCGACCCUUUCCUCCUCCUCCUCUUCAUCUUCGUCCUCCUCCCUGUGUUCAUCGUCCGCCACCGAAGCCCAGCUGCAGCCCCCCGGCCGCCUCUCGCAGGUCCCCAUGUCCGCCAUGAAAUCUGUCACCUCGGCCGGCUUUUCCAACGGGCCGGUGUUGGCGGGGGCCGACCGGGGGCCCCAGCCCCUCCUGGUGCCCGGCGGGAUCCUCUCGGCCUCGGAGGGGGGGCCCCUGGACGCGGCGGGCCUCUUGGCCGCCCCGGCAGAGCCUCCGCCACCCAAGUCCAGCCUCUUCAUCUACCCGUCGAAUAUGCAAGCCGCUCUUCUCGGCGCUGCCGUGCAGGCUGAGACGCCGCCGCCUCAGGCCAGCCAAAAGAGCCUGGGCGACAUUUUCCAGAACCAGUGGGGGUUGUCGUUCAUCAAUGAGCCCAGCGCCGGCCCAGAGGCGGGCGCCAGGAAGCCGGCAGGCCCGCAGGCUGCGGAGGUGACAUUUCAGGGGGAGGGCCCAACCGCCCUGGCGUCCCCGGGGCCCGAGGCGGCUCCCUCAGGGUCCGACCCGCCUGCCUUCCCCAAGGCCUACGAGCUGGACAAGCGGACUAGCCUGCAGCUCCCUGGCAGGGUCCUGAAGCUGGGGGCUGCGGGCGAGGCGGCCGGCGGCAGUGGCUUCCUCUCAGAGCCCCUUCGGCCCGGCGGGCAGUGCCAGGCCGAAGCAGGUGGCACCUUUGUUUUCCUCUCCAAGGACUGCCCCGUAGAGAGGCGCCUGGCCUCGCCCACGAACCAUUUGUUAGUUUCCGCCAAAGAACUGAGGUGCCAGAGUGGCCUAGGAAGGAAAGAGAGUUGGGGUGAUUUUGACCUGAGGGCGGCUGUUCUAUAUCACACUCAAGAAAUGGAAACAAUUUGUAUUUUGAAAAAGCAAGACCCCAAAAGGAUAAUCACUUACGACGAAGCCAUGGAUCACCCCGACCAAUGAUAGGAGCCCGGAGGUGCCGCUGAAUCUCUUGCCGCCGCCGCUGUUACCUCUCUGCCGCGAGCCUCGCAGCUCCCCACACAUCCAGGAGGGCGGGGGGCGGUGGCUGUUCUGGCGCGGCGAAAAAGGAACUAGAAUCGCAGGAUAAUAUAUACAAAUCUAUCUAUAUAUAUAUAUAAAUCUAUAUAUAUAUAUAAAUAUAUAUAAAUCUAUAUAUAUUAGUUAUUUUAAAAGAAAUUAAAAACAGGGGCCUGCGGGCACGACGAGACUUUUCACGUGGAAUUGGCAGAGACUCGCGUUAUGGGAUUAUUUAAACUUCGGUUCGGAGUCCUCUCCACUGCCCCUCCCCCCUUAAAAAAGAAGACUCCUGCUUCUUUCUCCUGCCACCGCCCUGUUCGAAACCGGACAAGAAUUCUUAACUGGUAGAGACACUGCCCCCCCCCCCGCACAUUUCUGGACAUCUGCAGGAGAGGGGGAGCCUCCAGCCGUUUUCCCGCCGGGAGUCUGCAAUCGCCGACGACACACUAAGUCUCCGGGAAGCUGGGACCCCCCACCCUGACCUCCCUCCAGACCUGCUGUUUUCCUCCCCUUGCGCCCCGAUGUUUCCCUCCGUCGCUUUUGGUUUUACUGGAAUCCUAAAUCCCAAAACUGCAGGAUCACUUGGGGGAGGGGGCUCGGAGCACUGGAGGGUCAUCUCUUUCCCCACCCCCACCCCUUGUCGAAGUGAAGGUGUGAUGUGGAGGGGAAAUCAGUCUUAAAAGUCCCUGCGUCCCCCGUCCCCGUCCCCCCGCUCUCCUCCUGGGGAAACCAAAAAGAGGCUAUCACUACAGUCAUGUCAUCUGCACACACCUGCCGUUUCAGGUAUGCUGGGGGUGGGGGUGGGGGAGCGUGUCAUCUUUGACAGCCAACGUCCAAAACUUUACAGAUUGCCAGGAGAGUUGUUUUUUUAAAAUUUUUAUUUUAAAGAAGCGGUUCAGGGGUUUGGGAGGUUUGGGUUUUUGAGGGGAGAGGGAACGAUGGCAGGGGGGGGGGUAAAAUUGCUGUUCCUGCAGCUUGGCACCGUAUCUCCAGGAAGAAGCCAACGGAGGAAUUUUCAGCCCAUAGUUUUUCUCCCCUGAAUGAGCUUUUCAUUUUUCUGUUCUCUGUCAGUCCUCUGUUGAAUAGCUGGGAAUGUAAGGAAAUCGUGAUUUCUUCCCCCUGCCCUUUGCUAACUUUCUAAAUAACGCUGGUGUGUGUGUGUGUGUGUGUGUGUGUGUGUGUGUGUGUGUGUGUGUGUGUGUGUACACAUACGUUACAACUCCUAUCUGGGAAUUCGUUUUUCUAAAAGGAAAAAAACCCCACCAGGCCUUUUGCCUUACCUUUUCCUAAUUCUCCCCCAGCUCAUUUCCCUCAGGCAAUUAAAUUUUUUUAAUGGUCUUGACAUUGAGAGGCCUGUUCUAAUGGGUUUCCGCUGCCUGUAUUUUUAUUUUUAUUUUGAUCUGGGCUUUGCUUCUGCUCCCCCCCCCCCCAGCUUUUCACCGCAAGAGCAGAAAUGGAAAGAGGUUGCAAAUGUGACGUCGAAAGCUCUAAUAAAGUCAUUUUUGAUUUUUUUUUCCUUUUGCAGAAAUCCAAAUUUGGGGUGGGGAUGGCAAGGGGGCAAGCUGUGGAGUUUGGCAAGGCAGUCAUGCUGUGAUGUUUUGGGAGGCGCUGAUGGACCGGAGCCCCCCCCCCUUUAUGUGAAAGGGUUUGCCCAAAAACAAAUCAAUUCCUGAGUGCCCUUGGGGGGGGCAAGGGAAAGUGGGGCGGGGGGUCUGCUCUUCUUAGAAUUCAAACAAAGAUCUGUUGGGGGGGACAUCUUGCUUCAGUGUGGCCCAUUUUUCGGGGGGGGGGACAGGUGUUGAGGAGGGGGGCAUGCCCCAGUCAGCCCCCUGCCCUGCACAAACCUCCACUGCCUAUCCUUAAAACUACUGUUGGUGUGUGUCCUUUUAAAAUGCCUUUUAAGAAAGAGAGGGGAAAGCCCAACUUUUGAUGCUUCUGUCGCAAGCUGCUUUUGGCCAAAAAAAGUAAAAUAAAUCUUAAGUGAAGCCCUUUUUAAAGGAUGCUAGCUUUCUCUCUCCCCCCAACCCCCCCCCGUUUUCCUAGAUGUGUUCUUCCCUCCUCCUCCAUUCUGUUACUAAACUUCCAUCCUUAAAAUUAAAAUAAGCCCCCUCUCCAAAUCCCGAUGGGAGUUUGACCAGUUUCCAGCCCAGGCUAGCUCUGGUGGCUUUGAUUGGCCUCGUAAGAUGUCUGGGGGGGGGUCCUCUUAUUUGUGGGUGCCGUGCUCCUGCCUCCUCCCCAAACUCCCCCCCCAGCCCCCUUAAAACUUCCCAAACUCCCCCCAGCCCCCUUAAACCUUCCCAUUUUUUGAGGGGUUCUCUUCACAAGGUUUCUCGACAUUCUUUAAUUUGAGCUCUUACUAAAUAAUUAGAGUUUAGUCUCUCCCUGCUCAGCUUUAUUUGUGUGUAAAGACGUAGGUGGGGGGGAAGUUGAGCCACGAGGGAUGUAGCCCCAGCGUAGGGAGCCUUCAAUCCACCAGGUAUUGCUGAACUACAACUCCCAUCAGCCCCAGACACCGUGGCCAGGGAUGUUGGGAGUCGUAGUUCGGCAAUGCUCAGAGGGCCAAAAGCCCAUUGCUCCCGGUGGCAGCACAUGGAAGGGAUGUUUUUAAUACACGGACCGGUCUUCUGCCAACCUGGCGCAUUCCAGAUGUGCUGCGCUACGGCUCCCGUGCUAGACUGAUGGGAGAAGUAGUCUUGAACAUCUGGAGAAGCUGGUGUGGAGUAACAAGAGCAUUGUUGGGCCUCCAGAAGUGGCUGGCCUACACCUCCCAUCCUCCCUGUCCAUCAGCUGUGCUUUCUGGGGGCUGAUGGGAGUUGUAGUUCAGGAACCACUGCAGAUCCGAAGGUUCUCGGCAGCAGCCGUGCCGUAAUCCAGAUAACCAGCAAAAUGUGCAAGUGUGACUCGCCGGUUUGUCCUCUGAAUACAGCCCACCAUCUUUAAUGGGGGGCACGAGAGUAAAGGUUUUAGUGUCUUUUUCAACACAUGUGGCCCCCCAGGAUGGAACCGUAACCCUGUCAGCUGCAAAGGAGAGAAUUCAUGUGAUGCCUCUCCACUGGCAAGAUGGCUUUGUGUGAUGUGCCUGGAGGGGGGGGGGAAGGUGUCCAUUCUCUCUAAAUCCCCUUCUCUCUGGUUGUCAGUAUUUGGGGGGGAAGGGGUGGGAAUAGGACAGUAUGUGGCCUUGCUGGAAGAGAGUGGAUUUAUCUAUUGGACAUUACCCUGGAAAUAUUUUGAUUGGGGAGAACAAAUUCCUUGACGGUGUGGGGCUCAAGUGUUGUGCUUGCAUCGCAGCCGGGUGCUCCUACAGAGAUGAUAAAAAUGUACAAAGGAAGCUGUCGAGAUGCCAUUCCCUUGGCUAACCUGUAGAAUUUUUUUAAAAAAAUAAACAGAAAUUGAGACUACUUGCGCCAACAAGUUUCUAGCUUCCAGCCAGAGUUCUCCAGCUCUCGUUUGUGGCUCCGUUGAUCUGCUUUGCCUACAGCCAGCUCUCCGUCCCUCAAUAUGUGCAAGGAAAUGGGAGAGCCCCUUUACUGAGACGAAAGAUGUUAGUGGGGGGGGAACCCCAGACCCCUCUGUGCUACAUUGCUCGAAUUGGGUCUCUUCAGAGGCGGUGGGGUUGGGAAAUGGAAAGGGCAAAAGGCUGGGCCCUUCACAGAUUCUGGUGGGCGCAUGGCAGCUGAGCAGUGACCAGGAUGGGGCUGAAUGGACCGCUUUCUAACCCAGAGUUGGCAUCCCCAUAAAGUCAGGCCCUUCUGUCCCACUUGGUCCCUGAAGUUGCCCCACUAGCUCCUGUCUAUGAGGCUUUUUGUGUAUUGCUAAGCCAGCUGUGUGUGAGAGAGUGAACUGUGUAGCUGCCGGCUCCAGGCACCUGUGUGGCCGGGGAAGACGGGAACUGGUCCACCAGCAUCUAGGGGAAUCUGCUUCGAGAGGAGAGGGGGGCAGUGGUGGGGGUCCCAGAAAGAGACUUUGUCUGCUUCCUACAAAACCGAGCCAUCCCUGGUCUCUUGAGACGCUGCAAGACCUCUCUUUUCUGAAGAGCAAAAGUCUUGGUGGCUUUUUCAGGCAGUGGGAAAUAUAUCGAUUCCUGUUGAGCACUAUGUUUGUACCUGGCUAGAUUGUUCUCUUAAUUCUGCUUCUUUUCUCGGCCUUGAUUGGUUUUUGAAAUCCAUAUCAUAUUUUGGGGGGGGGGCGGACUCCACAUUAAAUAUAAGCUUUUGCAGAUUUCCUUUCCCUCCCAGCGCUGGCUGCCCUUUCCCGUUCAAGUGCUGGGAAGAUAUUCCAGCCUGCUUGACACUCUCUUUAAAAUUAUAAAAUAGUUAUAAAAGCAAACUUUGUAGGUGUUGCAAAUACCGAGGACGGGGGGUGGGUAGGUUUUCUUUGGGGGGGAUAAGCUGCUGGAAUAAUUCCCCAGCCUGGUACCCUCCAGAUGUUUUGGACUACAACUCCCAUCAGUCGCUGGGGCUGAUGGGAGUUGUAGUCCAAAAUGUCAGGAAGGCACAAGGCUCAUUAAAAGCAUUUUUUAUUUUUAUUUGCUAAGGGGUUCUCUUGUGGCAUAUGAAGACGCUUCUCUUCAGGCUGUGAGGUGCUGAACCUGCAAAUCCAAAUCUCUGCCAAAAAUACAGUAAGAGGGGUGUCUGUUAAUGCUUGCUUAAAAUUGAAGGCUUCCAGGCACGGGGGUACGGAGCCCCCCCCCCAUGACACUGCUUUUGCACUGAGGGCUACCAAAGAUGCCGAACUUUAAAAACAAAACAAAAUGGCUCUCAAAAUGCAUUUCAUGGCCACCGCUUUUGCCUGGGACCCUUGGAAACUGCUAGCUUAUUACAAGGGUAUCAAAGGAACAGGGAAGUUCCCUAGCUCCUAUUGACAAGGCUGCAACCCUGGGCGCCCCCACAUUUAUGACAAUCGCUCUGGUGUGUGAAGCCCUCUUUGGAAAGUGCAAAAUAUUUCCUGUUUUCAGUGGGGGUGGGGUGGGGGGUGGUGGAGCGGUGGUGGGAGGAAACCCAUAGCCAAAUGCAAUGAACCAGUCUACCCUUGAAUGGAGAUUGAAACAUCCUAUUGUUGUCCCUCUUGGUUUCUUUCCUGUUGCCAACCCACAUUUUAAAAGUAUUAUUUUUGCGGGGGGGGGGCAGAGGAGUAGCAUUGAAAAUACUUGUUGCAAUUGAUUCACCAGUAUUGCGUCAGAUCACCUUCCCAUGCACGGUUGCUUGGAUUAAGAUAAUUUGUUAUUUUUCUUGCAUCGUGACAAGUAAUGUGUAGUUUCUCUGCUGGGUGGAGAUUGAUUGAUUGAUUGAACUGCAUUUUAGUUCCAGGGUCUCUUGAGGUCUCUCUCCUGGACUCCCCCAAAUUCCUGAAGCUUCUGGGCUGGCUUCAGAGUCCAGGUUGGUGGAGCCCAAACCCUUUCUGGAGCUGGCAAGGCGCUGGGGAAGAUUUCCACAGCCUCUUCGUGGUCAAAGUCUUUUUAAAAAAAUGAAUAAUGGGGAGGAAUGUUAGAUGUGAUCUCUGCGCCCUCCAGGUUUCCCUCCAAUACACAAAUCUGGUGUGUGUGUGUGUGUGUGUGUGUGUGUGUGUGUUGCACUCCACUGAUCUGUGUUUGGUCUUUGCCUGCCUGCUCAUUCUGUCCUUGUAAACCGGCUGUAAUUUUUAGUUCUUUCAUUGGCACCCCCACUUCACGUCAGUAGUCCUCAAGCUUUGUAGAGGCACCUGAUGCCCCUUUGCAAAGUCUCCAGAGUGGGAUUUGUUUGCACACAGAUUUACAUCCAAGAAGGUGGCUUUCUUAACCAACAUGAGUUAUCUCUCUCCAUCUUUGGGGCAAGAAACAUAGCAUCCUGUAUAAUGAGAAAACAUGUUUCAGAAUCCAGGAGAUGUAGGUUUACAUCUCUGCUUGCUAGCUGUAGAGUGGUGUGCAUCUAAAUUAAAGAUCUAAUAUAGUUUCCGAGCCCAUCUUCCCUUGCAGGCUCUUAAUUCAGUCGGUCAGGUGGCUGCUUUUCGGGGUGGGAACUAGAGAAAAGUUGGAAAAUGCACUUUGCAUAUGAAAUGAAACCUAGAGAGACGCUAAUUUCUUGCAUCCUUGACAUCAUGAUCUGCGUAAUUAAACAGGAACCCCUCCACAAAUGGAUUCCCAGUUGCAUGGGGGGUGGCGACUGCUUUUGUGCUUGGGUCCUCCUUGCAGGCUUCCCAAGGGCAUCUGGUCGGCCACUGUGAGAACAGGAUACUGGACCAGCAGGCACUUCCUAAUGGAUGCAUACAGAGUGUCCCUUUGCAUGCAUUGAUUAUUAUUAUUAUUUGAAUGGCUUUUGCACAUUCGGUUGUCGCCAAAGCUCUGUUUGGUGAGUGCCGGAGAGGUUGCGUUCUUAAAAGCGGGCAAAAUAAAACUCCACAAUUUCUGGGAGAUUUUUUUCCUUCCCCACCAGCUGAUCUUCUGCAUAUCUCUGGUAGUUCCAUGGGACUCUCUAGCAAAGCCUGUCUUAAGGAUUGCAAGUUCAGGGUGCCUCUGAGAAGCAGGUGUUUCUGUGUUGUGUGUUGUAUUUUUAAAGGGGGUGCUCUCUUGUAUCCUGAUGAAUCAAUUUAUGGUGGCCUCCCCCUGCUCCCCAGUUUUGUGUGAUUUUUAAAUCCUGAUGCUGGGGUAGCUCCCCAACUUAAGUCACAGCUACUGUGUUACGCCUCUUGUCUGCUGAGGUGCCUGCCCCCCCCCCCAAACCUCCUUCCUGUCCUUCAGGACCCAUUUAAAUGUACAGCUCCAAAUCUUAUCUUUUAAGUUUUGUCCUUGACUGCUGUUGGUGAGCUGCCUUAAGUCCCUCUGCCCUUUGUGGAGAGGGAGGGGAAACGCAAACCGUUUUAGAAUCUGCAAACGCUCAUAGUUCAGUGUCUUAAUCUUUUAUGUAUGUGAUGGGGGGAGGGGAGGGGAGGGUGUUUGAAUUCUGGGAAGCCUGACAGACACCACCUUGGCCCUCAAUAUUUUGCACGGAUCUCUUGCCCUUUUGACCGCAGACCUAUUCUGCAAAGUGCCGAUUGGAGAGCAAGUGCUGGGGACUGCCUUUUUGUAGAGUCUGUUUGCAUCUUCUGCAGUUUGCAUCUUCCCCCCCAGAAACGGGGUCUUUGCAGACUUGGGUCCAGCACUUGCCUGGUUCACUUCAGAGUCAGGGGGUCCUGACUUGCCGCUUCAUUUCUUUCCCAUUGAACCACAAACCUUAUUAAUAUAAAUCUGAGGUGUCACAGCACUGGCACGCAAUGACUGCUCUCACUCCCACCUUUCCUGUGUGGCCAUUUUGCAGUGGAGCAAGACCUGG